AUGCAGCAAAUUUUUGAGUUAUCUCCCAAAGAAAGGUAUGAAGCAGCUCGAAAGGUCUCUCUUUGCGUUAAUUGCUUACGAGGACAUCAUCAUCCAAAAAAUGGUUUAUCAGGCGGGUGUCUUAAAUGCGGAAAAAGACGUAAUUCUCUUUUGCAUUUUAAUCAACAAGGUUCAGAUUCGAUUAAUCAAGUGAAUAAUUCACCACAGCAGAGUCAAUCGACUCACUCUAUUCAAGAAUCCCCUGCCUCAGUUCGUAAUUGUCAACUUUUGAUACCGUCGGAGGUAGUUUUAGCCACAGCUGUCGCAGUUAUUAUAGACAAACAAAGAAAAUCACAUGUAUGUCGUGUAAUGUUAGAUUCCGGUUCUCCACCUCGUGUCGUUACAGAAAAAUUUGCAAAUAAAAUUGGACUUAAAAAAGUAGCUGUUGACAUACCGCAUCAGGCAGUGGAUAAUCUCGCUACAAGCGUAAAACAUAUAGCAACGUCUACCAUUAAAUCGCGAUACAAUAAUGUACAGCAUCAUCUUCCAUUAUUCGUCGUUAAAGACAUAGGCAAUACUAUGCCCACAUUACCUGUUGAUCGUAGUUCAUUUAAAAUACCACAAGAUCUCUUUCUAGCAGACUCGGGAUUUCAUAAUCCAACCGAAGUCGAUAUGAUUCAAGGCGCGCAAUAUUCUUAUCACUUCUUACGUCAGGGUCAAAUUCUAAUCGAAAAUCACCCUGCAGUUUUCCAGGAAACAGAACUCGGCUGGGUAGUAGCAGGAUGUUUUCAUCAAGCACUCGCAAAACAUGCAAAAGUGUAUUAUUCAAGUCCUACAGCUUCCAUGCUCUCCGUGGAAGAAGAGGCUUGCGAGUCGGAUUACGUCAAAAACACUCAACGGGAUGAAUUAGGUCGUUAUACGGUUCAUUUGCCUUUUAAUCAGAAUAAAACUAAAAUCGGUGAAUCACGUCAAAUAGCUUUCAAUCGGUUUCAUUCUCUUGAUAGAAAAUUUGAAAAAGAUCCAAUUCUUAGAGAUCAGUAUUUUGAAUGUAUUCAGAGUUUUCUUAACGAGAAUCACAUGACACUUUUAAAAAACGAAGAAUCGUUCAAUCGUGAAUUUUUUCUUCCACAUCAUGCAGUAAUUAAAAAUAGUAGUCUCACAACGAAAACACGAGUCGUGUUUGACGGCUCUUGCAAGUCUUCCUCAGGCAUUUCUUUAAAUGAUGCUCUAAUGGUAGGACCUACAAUCCAAGAUGAGUUAUUCUCAACUUUCACAAGGUUUCGCAUAUUUCUUUUCGCUCUCACAGCUGAUAUAGAGCAAAUGUAUCGACAGAUUCAAUUAACCAACGAGCACAGAUUAUUUCAGAAAAUUCUGUGGCGCGAAACUCCUGACGAUCCAAUUAAAGUAUAUACUUUAAAUACAGUAACCUUUGGCACGACAUCUGCACAUUUUCUCGCGAUUCGUACGCUUCAUCAUCUAGCAGCAGAUGAACACGAAAAUUAUCCAACCGCAUUAGUUAUUUUAAAACGCGAUUUUUACGUCGACGACCUUCUAACAGGCGCAAAUAUGUAUCAAGAAGCUCUCUCCCUUCGUAAUGAUUUAAUUGAACUCUUACAAAAAGGAAGGUUCAAUCUGCGCAAAUGGGCUUCAAAUGAACCUAGACUAACUAAUGAUUUUAAAAAUGAUUCGCGAAAUACACACAUGUCUUUAGAUCCUACAGAGAAUAUUAAAACUCUAGGACUUUUCUGGAAUCAAAGCACUGAUUCAAUUAUUUACACAGUGAAUAUCACUGAUUUAAAUAAUCAGCCAACAAAAAGAACCAUUUUUUCACAAAUCCCGAAACUUUUUGAUCGGCUAGGGCUAUAA